AUGAUCAGGGUCCAGAUCCUCGGAAGCCCAAACUACAAAAAUUGACAAGCUGCCAUAAAAAGCAAAAGGCCCAACUUCACAGACCCAAUAAAGUAAAUCCAAUAGGCUUUCUCCACUGUCAUUAGUUGCCGGUUUAUUCAGACUUCAGAGUUUAGACUUCAGCGAAAACCGAAGUUACGUUCUUUAUUUCACCGGAGAAACCAGAAUGGGAGAGAAGACUCUUCUCUUCCAUUACUCUCUUGCACCAUUGCAAUGGACUCCGGUUAGCUAUCAAUUCAUAUUCUUUAUUUCAUUGUCUUUACUAUCUUGAAUUAACUAAACCAAAGAUAACAACUUUAGAGCUUCAUGCUUAUUGGGUAUUUGAUUUUCUUGGUAUUAAUGGGUUUUGUGGUGAUAUUUGAAGAAGGGUAAGAUAGCUGUGAGCUGGGUUUAGGAUGAGUUUUGGUUUUGGGUUAGUUUCUAUACUGAUCGAGUUUAGUGUUUUAAGCUGAAAUUCUCAAGCUGUGUCGCUGAGAAUGAGAAUGAACAAAAGAGAUAGAAGAUUGUUGAUUAUCAUUAUAAAAUUGUGGACAAGUGUAUGAGAGCUCUUAUCAUAUUAUAAGUCUGUUGGAAUUUUGGUAUUAUGUGUCUUAUUCUAUGUAGUAUGAGAGGAUCUUCAUCAGUCGAUUACAUCUGUAUCGAGACAAAUGAUAAUUAGCUGGUUCUCAGUAGCCACUAGCUACAAAUUAGACUUCGUCUUUGAUAGAUUCCCAAAGUUGUGAUAAAGCCUCAUCAGAAACAGAACACUUUGAAUUUCAAGAGCUUCAAUUCACUGAUUGGCCUGGUGGAGAUUAUGAGCAUUUCCAGCCAUUUAAUAAGGAACAGUGCAAGCAAAGCUGCUUAGCCGAUUGUUUCUGUGCCAUUGCCAUUUUCAAUGAAGUAAAUAGUGAUUGUUGGAAGAAGGGAAUCCCUCUUUUUAACGGGAGGAUAAACAAAGAUGUUGGAGUAGCUCUGGUGAAAAUAAGGAAAGACACUUUGACACCAGCAAAAGAAAAAGACAGUCUAACUCUGCUCAUCAUCGCAGCAGUGAUCAUUUUAAUAUCAACCAACUUGGUUGUUUUUAUAAUAACCCAUCUGGUUACCUCUCAUGCGAAGGUGAAUCGACUUAAUCCUGUGGUUCAAGGCAUGAAUCUGAAAUGUUUCACUUUCAUGGAGCUAAAAGAAGCCACCAACGGAUUCAAGGAAGUGCUAGGUUGUGGUGCUUUUGCAACUGUUUUCAAAGGAGUUUUAGCAUCUGAUAACGGGAAGUUCAUUGCUGUCAAAAGAUUGAACACUGUGGUCAAAGAAAAUGAUUUGGAAUUCAAAGCUGAAGUGAGCGCAAUUGGUGGAACAAAUCACAGAAAUUUAGUCCAACUACUCGGAUUUUGUAAUGAGGGGCAACACCAGCUUCUUGUGUAUGAGUACAUUAGCAAUGGCUCUCUAGCAACCUUCCUUUUCGGAGAGUCAAGACCAAUCUGGAAUACAAGAAAAAAAAUUGCCUUAAGAACUGCAAGAGGGCUCUUGUAUUUGCACGAGGAGUGCAGCAGCCAAAUCAUACAUUGUGACAUUAAGCCUCAAAACAUUCUUCUCGACGAUUCUUUCACAGCAAGAAUAGCUGACUUUGGAGUAGCCAAGCUUUUGAAAUCUGACCAAACUCGAACAACUACUAGAAUCAGAGGCACAAAAGGUUAUGUCGCUCCUGAAUGGUUCAAAAGUUUGCCUGUCACAGUGAAGGUUGAUGUUUAUAGCUACAGCAUGGUGCUGUUGGAGAUUGUUUGCUGCAGGAAAAACUAUGAACCAGAAGCACCAGCUGAAGAUCAAAUGAUAUUAGCCGAUUGGGCAUACGAUUGCUAUAAGCAAAAGAAACUGCAUCUGUUGUGGCAGAAUGUAGGCGACGAUCAGGAAAUUGAUGGCAUCGAAAAGUUGGAAAAGUAUUUGAUGAUUGCAUUUUGGUGCAUUCAAGAGGAUCCAUCAGCAAGACCUACCAUAAAGAAAGUGACACAGAUGCUCGAAGGGACAGUUGAAGUCUCAGUGCCUCCAAAUCUGUCCUCAUUAUAUGUUCAAUAUAAGUGAUCACAUUGAUCCAUUGAUUUCUGGAUAGCAGAACAUUCAGUGUGUUCAAUCAUCAAAGAGUCAACAACAUAUACAUGGUCGUAAAGAUAGUACUUGAUGUAACAAAUUUGUACCCUAUAAACAAAGUUAAUAUUUGAAUGCUUAAA